AUGGCCUCGACCACAGCCAGUCUCAAUGGCGCUGGCGGCAAGAGAGUCUCACGCGUGCUGUCGACGCUCGAGUUUGAUCGGCUGAUGGCCUCGUCCUCGGCCUCGACCUCGUCGUCGUCGUCCUCGCCCGGCGGCGGAGGUGGCAGCGGCUCCAAUCCGAGCACUGGCUUGACGAGGCUCAGCGCGACCCCUGUGCGACAUGUGCUGGGCAGGGACGAAAGUCGACUCGGGCGAUCAUCGACCAGUCCCUCGGCGCGGGGGUCCUCCAACCGGAAUAUGACCGACGAGGACGAAGAGGACGACGACGAGGGGUGGAACUCAUCGAAUGUCGACUCGUCACCGGACUCGGCCAGGACCACGCGUUCGACGAGGGGUGCCAACACCGCCAUGGGCGCAGCGAUGCAAGGCUUCCAUCGGAAUGCGACCACCGCUUCACCCUUCGCAUCGAGUCGCAAGGGUCAGCCCAAGUCGCGCUCACCCCGCCUGCCUCAUUCGGAUGAGAUCCGACCCGGAGCAGCAGCAAUCGAGUCCCAGGUACGUCACGCGUCACGCGUCACGCGUCGCGCGCCGGACUUUAACGGACUUCUCUCUACCGCCGCGUUCCGGUCACUGCGCGCGGAGUCCAAUCGAGCUGACAAUCCUCAGUGCUUGUUGAAUCUAUAGCCGCGAGUGAUCCCAUUGCCCUCCCCGAUCAAGACAUUGCCGGCUCUACCCCCUCUCCUGUCGAGUACGACUCCCGACAGGUCCCCACUUUUGAAUCGCGACCCGCAAAACCUGACCCCUAUGAACCACCAUCUUCGGCAUCCGGAUGCAUAUCAAUCCAAGUCCAAGUCCAAUACCCCGAACCCACCUGCCUAUGGAAGCCCGUCCAUCUCAAGCUCAAUGACUACAGCGACCACGUCGACCUCGCCGACCCGGCCCCGCUCCAUCUCGGCUGCGACAAGCGGGCGCUACAUCCAGGUGCAGAAUAGGGUGACGUCGGACAAACCGGCCGCAGCUCCCGUGGAUUGGAAUCAGUAUGACAACCAUUCCAAGCAACGCAAAGGAUCAAUCGGAGACGCUUGCUCUCGCGAUGGAGCUGGAGUGGGGGUGGGGAACAAAGGGACUCGAGGCGUAAUGGGCUCGAGCGGGGAGGCCAAGCGGCAGCAGUCGACCUCUGCUUCUUCGUCGUUUGGGAACACGAUGAGAAAGACGAGUCGCUUCUUCAGGAUGGUCACGGGUUCAAGUGCCAGCGCAAGCGCUGCAGGUGCGAAGAACGACUUUGGGACGAGUGCGAGGGGUAUGAAGGUGCGCGCUGGCGCGCCGGAGGAUUCAAGGUUUGCCGCAUAUACUGACGUUUGACCGCCAUCUACAACAGUCCGAGUCAUCGCUACCCCAAGCUAUGACUGCCACAACGCCUAUCGCGUCAACAUUCGCAUCCCGAGGGCCCGUGCCCGCCGUGCCCGCCGUGCCGGCGGCGUAUGCAACACCCCCCAAACCGUCGACUUUGAACGGAACAUCAGCCGCCGCUUCGGCUACAUCGGCCGAGAGGCAGUCGUCGUCAAUCGACCUCGAUAUCAAGCGGACACCCGUCAAGGCCAAGAAAUCGGGCAUGUCCUCUUCCGCCUCGUCGUCGUCGAGGGAAUUGUCCAAGUAUUCGCCUUCGGCGCCGCCUGUAUCGUCGAUGAUGUCCAAGAAGGGGUCACGGAGACGGUCACUCUCGGUUGGGUCUGCCGGGGCCACGGCCCUGGACUACCUAAGACGUUCGGGCAUCGGUUCGCCCGAGACCUCGCCGAAAUUGGACCGAACAGCCCAGAAAAGCGGCGGAACGGGAACUCCGAGAAGCGUGAGCGCGAGCGUGAGGCGAAGCGAGGAGGAGCGACUCGUCAACGAGCUACAGCAAUGGAAGUUGAAUACGGACGGAGUCUUGGAUACCAAAACACCUGUGUUGAUAAAGCCUUCACCGACCAGAACCGAGGGGAUGAGUCGGAGCUCAUCUGCGGGGACACCGAGCGGGCUCGUCGUCGCGAGCGGGCUGCCAAUGUUUGCAACUCGGGAAGCGGCGUUCCGCCCCCGAAUUGGGAGGAGACAACCCAGUUGGAACGAGGAAUCGACCCACGGCAUGCACAGGAGUAAGUCGAGCGACGGCGCCGAAGGCUUGAUGAUCACACCGGAACCAACGAGGAGCAAGAGUCUACCUAACCCCAACGUGGCGGCGCCGAGCGAUGGAAUGAGGAAUGCGGGAGCGAAGGUCGGCGCUGAGGCUGCUCCGACGAUCCGCUUAGUAUCGGCUACUGCGACGGGCCAUGAAGCGGAAGGGCACGAAUGGCGGUCAGGUGUGACCGCCGAAAACGGGCAGGAUCUGACUUGGUCUCCUGAUGGUUCCGCUUCGUCUCCUGUCAUCUAUACCGAAGCGGGGCAUUCGAGGGAUCUGUCGAAUAAUACCAUCAAGACACCUUCUCACUCCCUCCCCGACUCUCCUACGCUCACCGUCCGAUCAGGGAACUCGGCUCUGUCGUUCACGCUCAACGCUGAGUCGACCCUUUCGCCAGCUCAAGCGCAUCGAGUCGAGUCGCAAGAUCAGCUGCGCCCUUCAAACCAGCGCAACCGAGCUUUGAGGUCGAGUGUCGUUGCGUACCCUUUCGGGGCGGCGGGAUCGUCGACGUCUCUUCUCGGCGUCACUUCUCCCGGGUCCAAGGGUCCGACGUCUUUCCAUGGCUCACCCUGUGUCGCCAAGCUCGACACAACUUACCAGACACCCGACGAGUUGUUCACCAAGGCUCAAAGCUUCGCCCAGUUGAUCUGGAACGAGGACGAAGCGUUCGCUCUCCAACCCAAGAAAUAUGCCGAGUGGUUAGGUACCGGCUCGCCCCUCAAUGCUCUUACCUUGUCGCUGUACAUUGAUCGGUUCGACUUUACAAACCUGCGCCUCGAUCUCGCGUUCCGCAAGCUGUGCGGUAAGCUGUACCUCAAGGCCGAAACGCAGCAGGUCGAUCGCAUCCUGGAGCAGUUCUCGAGACGGUACUAUGAGCAACAUGCAACGGACGACUUGGGAAAGAUGUUUAAAAGCAGGGAUGUCGUCCAUGCGGCGAGUUACUCGCUCUUGCUACUCAACACAGAUUUGCAUGUUGUCGAUACAACGAAUCGGAUGACGAGAACGCAAUUCGUCAGGAACACGAUCAGUGCGAUUCAAGCGCAAGUGGAUGGGGAAGGACUCGGGGCGAAAGAGGACGUCUUUGGCUCGACAGUCAAGGCUGCGGACGAGGACAGUCCUGGAAUGAGCAAAAGUCAGAGCUUGAACACGGUCAAGAGUGCUGGUGCGAGCUCGACGAAGCUGGGUGCUCUCGUUGAUGAGGGGCUCGAACCGAUGCUCAAGGUGAGUCGUCGGCCCAUGGACCUCGGAGGAAGGUGGUACCCCAUGUGCUCAUCUGUUUACUCUCCAACAGGAAAUGUACGCUGCGAUCAAAGCCCAACCCAUCUUCCAGCCGCUUUCCUCGACAAGUCCACCGGCCGAAGCAUCACGCUCGUCUGCCUCGCUAAGCCCUGGGACCGGACAACAUCUCAACUCGCCUUAUUCAGCCUGGGCCGGUGGUGUCGCGCGAACGACCUCUCGUCGUAGCGCUAACUCGACCUUGUCGUCGUCUUCGGUUGCGUUCAAACGCCAAUCGAUCCGAGGCUUUGGCGGCUUCCUUGGCGCUUCUACGUCAAGCGCGGACGUCAGGAGCACUUCUCCUACGCCGAGUGCAGCGACGUCGAUGUCGGACGAUCGAUACUCUUCCUCAACGUAUGGCUUCCACCAACACCAUCACGUCCCUACGAUAGGAUUCGCCAACUCGUUGUCGCACACCAUCAUUCGGGAACAGCAAGAAGAUGACACCGCUUCGGACGGAGGUGCCUCGGUCACGUCCGUGACGGACGAGGAAUUGGCCUUGUUGGGUGCGCCGUGGGCCAAGGAGGGAUUGCUAUGGAGGAAACACUACUGGGAGAGCGCAGGCAAGAGGUCCAAGGAGAAGUCAUGGCUGUACGCAUUCGUCGUCAUAUCCGCCGGGCAAGUAAAGAUGUUCCGGUUUGAUGCAGGAGGUGGGGGAUCCAUGAGGGGGAUGGGCGGUGGAAUGGGCGGUGGAGAUUGGACAGUCAGUUCCUAGAAGGUCGUCGAGAGCUUAAAAGACUAGCGAGACUGACCCAUUCUGCCCUCGCUUGCACUCCAGUCAAACGCUCAAAACGUUGGGGAAGUCUCCCUCAUACACGCCUUGUGUUCGGCGAUGCCUCCACCGGGUUACAGUCGUGACCGGCCUCACUGUUUCGUUCUCACUUUGCCCUCGGGAGGUUCCUAUUUUUUCCAAGCCGGCACGCCCGAUCUCGUCGCCGAAUGGGUCUCGACGUGCAACUACUGGUCCGCUCGGCUGUCCAAGGAGCCGCUGGCGGGAGGAGUGUCGAACAUGGACUAUGGAUGGGGUCGAGUGUCCAUCGAUACGUUACCCUCGAGCUACAACAACACUCGAGGCGAUACCGACGCUGCCUCCAUUCGAUCAGGUCGCUCGAGCGGAGGAGCCAGCCGAUUCUCCAUCGCCACGGGUGGAGCAUUCGGGAGAGACGCUCCACCCAUGCCAGGCACAACGAGUGCGAACGACCGCAUCGUCGUCAAUGACUGGACACCGCCGAACCAACCUGGAGGCGCCAGUCAAUUGUCCGAGGAGAGUCAACUCGAAGCGCUCAGAAAGUAUGCCGAGAUUGUCAAGAAGGAUCUGGCGCAGCAUAAUGUGAUGAGAGGCCCGAUGAUGCGACUUGUAAGCUGAAACGUCGUAUAGUUCGGUGUUAUGCGUUGGCUGACCUCUUGGAUGGACUUGGCCGUGCCCUGUGCAGUAUUCUCCACGAUCAACGAACGCGGUCAAGUCCCUUGCCAAUUGGGAACGUAAAUCGCAGUACCUUCUCGCCGAGAUCGUCAAAUACCAAACCUACAUCGAGGCCCUGUCGGCUGCGAUCAAGAUGCGGGCGCUCAGGCGCGGACAAAAAGAAGUAGACGCCAUGCUCGAAUCCGCGGACGACGACCUCUCCAUGAACGAGGAGGGACGACACGCCGAGAUGAACGGCGGUGUCACUUUGGACACUGAGGCAGAGAACGAGAGCGAGCUCGGCCACCGGGAUGGUGGCGAGGGCGACGAUUCCGAGCCUACCGUCUCGCAUUCGACGGAUGUCUUCGGUACACCCGAGCAAGUUCCUUUGACGUCGCCGACGCCUAAUUUUGCCAGCGGCGGAUCGAGGACGAAGUACCGCUCGGGGGCGCCGUCCUCGUUGUCGGUCACGACGAACGGAACCCAGGAAGAUGUGUUUUUCGACACCGAGACGCGCGCGAGUGACACGAUUUAG